CUCUCCUCUCUCUCUUCUCUCUCUCUCUUCACUCCAUUGCAGGCUUGCAGCUACUAGAUCCAAAUAACCGGCCGGCGACGGAACUGGGCUGAGAGGGUGGGUGCUUAACUGCAUUUUCUUUGCAAUUCUCGAUCUCAGCCACUCUCUGAAUUUCGCGAAGAUGGUGAGUAAAGCAGAGGAGGCCGAAUUGAAUAGACUCGAGACCCAGGUCGAUAAUGGAGGUGGAGGUGCUUGGGAGUAUCUUUCCCUCGUCAGAAAACUCAAGGUUCGCCGUUCUCAUAAGGUCUUAAACCAUGGAUUGUCGAUCUUGAAUGAUUCCAGAAAGCGAUCCGGUCUCGGCCAAGAGGAAUGGACCCUGUACGAACAGGUAGCUAUUGCAGCGCUGGACUGCCAAGCUUUAGAUGUUGCAAAGGAUUGCAUAAAGGUUCUUCAGAAGAAAUUUCCACAGAGUAAUAGAGUUGGGAGGCUAGAGGCUAUGUUGCUUGAAGCAAAGGAAUUGUGGGCUGAGGCUGAGAAAGCUUACGCUAGCUUUCUAGAGGAAAAUCCAUGUGAUCAAAUAGUACAUAAGAGGAGGGUUGCCCUGGCAAAAUCACAAGGCAACAUUGCGGUGGCUAUUGAAUGGCUUAACAAAUAUCUUGAAACAUUUAUGGCCGAUCAUGAUGCCUGGAGAGAACUGGCUGAACUAUAUGUAUCUCUCCAAAUGUACAAGCAAGCAGUUUUUUGCUAUGAGGAGCUGAUAUUAUCUCAGCCCACAGUUCCGCUAUAUCACUUAGCUUAUGCAGAUGUACUUUACACAUUAGGCGGCCUAGAAAACCUUCAAACAGCAAAGAAAUACUACGCAUCUACUAUAGACUUGAGUGGGGGCAAAAAUACCAGAGCCCUGUUUGGCGUUUGCUUGUGUUCAUCUGCCAUUGCACAGCUCACGAGAGGUCGAAACCGAGAAGACAAGGAGGGUCCAGAGCUCCAAUCUUUAGCAGCAACAGCCUUGGAAAAAGAUUACAAGCAAAGAGCUCCACACAAGCUUUCUCUGCUUUCUUCUGUAAUGAAAGGCUUGAAGGUCUCCCCUUAACUUUUCCUCCUUUGAACUGAGGGUGAUUAGCAUUUAGCUACUGGUAGUUUAUAUUAAUUCAUUUUCUUGUGAUUUUUCCCUAAGAAGAAAAUUUUUCUCUGUUUCCAUAAAGUCCUAAAUAUGAGAAGUGAUGUAUUUUUUUUAGCCUAAGUUAAGGACGACACAGCUACAAAAAGAUAUAAAUCUUAUUCUUUCUUCUUUUCUAGUUA